UCGUCCCGUCGUCUAACAAACAGAAUGACCAAUCGUUAUUCUGUCAACGCCAUGUACUCUCUCGCUGCCGAACAAGACAUCGAAAUUGAUGAUGACCUCGCCAGGGCUCAACGUCGACUACGAGAUCUCAAAGCGCGUAUAUCGGCUCAAAGUAAGAAGAAUUUUGUGCUUGAGCGUGAUGUGCGAUAUUUAGAUUCGAGGAUCGCCCUCAUCAUACAAAACCGGAUCGCGGCGGAGGAGAAAAAUCAUCUGGCAGAGGCGUUGGAGGAGGUGGAUGAGGAAUAUGGUUUAUGGCCUGAUGAGAGGAAACAGAGUCAAUAUAGUAAUUUAUUCUUUCUUUUACAGUCGGAACCUAGACAUGUGGCGACAUUGUGCAGGUUGGUCAGUUUGGCAGAGAUUGAUACGUUGUUACAGACGGUCAUGUUUACUCUAUAUGGGAAUCAGUAUGAACAGAGGGAAGAACAUUUGUUGUUGACCAUGUUCCAAAGUGUGCUUUCAGCUCAGUUCGAAACCACCACAGAAUUUGCUUCGCUAUUGCGAGCCAAUACACCGGUGUCGAGAAUGAUGACGACGUAUACUCGACGAGGUCCGGGUCAAAGUUACCUCAAAAAUACCCUGGCAGAGAGAAUCAACAGUCUGAUCGAACACAAAGAUUUGAAUUUGGAAAUCAACCCCCUGAAGGUGUAUGAACAAAUGAUACAGCAAAUCGAGGAAGACACGGGCCAACUCCCACCUUCUUUACCCCGCGGAGUUCCCCAAGAAAUCGCAGCAGAGAACCCUGAUGUUCAAGCUAUCAUCAUCCCCCGUUUGGCAAUGUUGAUGGAGAUCGCAAAUACUUUCCUGUCGACUAUUAUCGACAGUGUCGAGACUGUCCCAUAUGGAAUACGAUGGAUUUGCAAGCAGAUUCGCUCGUUGACUCGGCGCAAGUAUCCCGAUGCUUCAGAUGUAUCCAUCUGCUCCCUCAUCGGAGGCUUCUUCUUUCUUCGGUUUAUCAACCCCGCCAUCGUCACUCCUCAAGCUUAUAUGCUUGUAGAUGGGGUUCCGGCGAAGCAUCCGCGGCGGACAUUGACCUUGCUCACUAAAAUGCUGCAGAACCUGGCCAACAAAGCCAGUUAUCAGAAAGAGGCAUACAUGCUGUCCCUCUCGCCAUUCAUCGAAAACAACAAAGUGCGGAUGAACGAGUUCUUGAAUCAGUUAUGCGAAGUCGGCGACUUUUAUGAAUCGUUAGAAUUGGACCAAUACAUGGCAUUAUCGAAGAAAGACCUCCAAAUAUCUAUCACCUUGAAUGAGUUGUACAACACCCAUUCUCUCUUACUGCAGCAUAUCGAUUACUUGUCACCGAACGACAAACAACAUCUUCGUAUACUUCUCGAUGAACUCGGUCCCGCUCCUGCUCAAGUGCCGCGUAAAGAAAAUCGAAAUCUUGAUCUACCCCUUUAUUCUCGUUGGGAGACUCCCAUUCAAGAUCUCUCCACCGCCCUCAUGUCUGAUUCUGUCACGCAGAAUGAUAUUAAUUACAUGGAAGCUAAAUCAAUCUUCGUUCAACUCCUCCGUUCUAUGCCGACAUUCGACAAACGUCCCCUCGAGCUCUCUCUUUUGGCUGAACGUUCUGCCACGUCAAAGGAUCCCGUCCUUGUGAGAAGGGGCAUCAAAGUCCAAGACCUACUCUCCGAACUUGUCUCAGCUGGGAUAUUAGACCGAGGAGAUAACUUCAAAAUCAUGCAGGAUGAAGUAGCGGCGGAAAUGGUACAUCUCGGUAAUGCCAGGGAAAAGGUAAAUCUGGAAUCAAGGAGUUUGGAGGCGGUUUAUAAGACGAUUUGCGAUCAUAAUAAUUAUUUGAGAAGUCAGUUGGAACAGUAUAAAGCGUAUUUGCAAAACGUGAGAGGACAAAGUGGGAAAGAAGGGAAAAGUACGGGAGUGGGGGUUGUUACGGUCAAUGGGAAAGAGAAGAAACCUACGAAAACCAGCGUGUUGGGGCCGUAUAGAUUUACACAUGCUCAAUUUGAGAAAGAGGGGAUUAUCGUUGAUAGUAAUGUAGACUUGCUGACCUUUCGCCGCGUCAAUAUAUUCUUCAACAUCAUUUCACCCACACCGGGAACGUUCAUCAUUGCAUUACAUUUCAAAGGUCGAGAGAAACCGAUAUUGGAGAUGGAUCUGAAAAUUGACGAUUUGUUGGAAAAGCAAAAAGAUAACCAAGCUUCUCUCGAUCUGGAAUACGUCCAACUCAACGUAACGAAAGUGUUGGGAUUGUUCAAUAAGGUUUUCUCCAAACGGCGUUGAGCGAUUCCUUGGGGCGGAGGCAUCGACUUCUGAGAUGUGUCGAGUUAACGUCGCUAUGUGACCUUCAAGCGGCUAGCGGCAUCGCCACUUUUAUACGACGGAAGAUGGAGAUCCCUCAAUCCCCAUUCAUGGUCUGGAGGCCCGCUUUCCAGGACACGGACAGACAACGCAUUGAUUGCGUCGGUAUGAAUUUUACAGGCUUGGACUAUAUCGACCAUUGAGAAGACGCAAACCCAAGGGGGGACCAGUAAAUUUUAGAUGGUGGGAGGAGAGGAUGUGAAUUGUGCAAGAUUAUGGAAGAUUUAUAGAUCUUGGUCACUUUGCAGGAGUGUUCAUUAGGGUUCAUGUAGGUAUGUCAAUGUAUGAGAGAGAUAGGCUAUCUAGUCGUAUAAUUCAAUUUUAUAAUGUGUCUUGGACAGAUGUAUCUGAUUUUUGAGAUUC